AUCUCAUAUUGUGCCAUUUUCCUUGUUGUUUCCUUAUAUGAUUUGUUCCUAUAGUUCUUUUGCUGGAACAUUAUUGCCAGGGUUUAUGAUCCACUAUCCAAUCUACAUUCUCAUUGAACCACAAGUUUUUCUAUAGUCAUGAUCUUUUGAUAAUUAAGAACGUUUUAAACUCAUAUGGCAACUAGCAUUCAUCACUAUUUUGGGAUUUAUUUAGAAGAAAAAAGGGUUUAGAAAGCCUCUUCAUUUGCAAAAUUAAAAUCUAUCCUCCCAGAAUUACAACUUUUUGUUGUUUCUGGGAAAAUCAGGUUGUGUACUACUGGUGAAGUUCCAAAUCCUUUAAUGGUCCCAGUGAUAUACUUGCUCUGAAAAAAUGGAGCAUUUUGAAUCUCCAGCUGUUACCUCCCUUAUCUUGGUGUACUUUAGAAGAGACUAUCACUGGAAGAGACCUUCUCGUAGAGCUGUGCUGACACUUGCUUACCAGAGUCUUGGUAUUGUUUAUGGGGAUCUUAGUACUUCUCCCUUGUAUGUCUACAAGACCACCUUUUCUGGGAAAUUGAGUCUCCAUGAGAAUGAUGAGGAAGUUUUUGGAGUCUUAUCCUUCAUCUUUUGGACCCUCACCCUUAUCCCCCUAUUCAAGUAUAUAUAUUUUGUAUUAUCAGCAGAUGAUAAUGGUGAAGGUGGGACGUUUGCGCUAUAUUCACUUCUCUGCCGACAUGCAAGAUUGUGCAUUUUGCCCAACCAGCAAGCUUCUGAUGAGGAAUUGUCAGCAUAUGAUGUGGAAGGAACAUCAGAAACAUGGCCAAGUUCUAUGCUUAAGGAUUUCUUCACCCAACAUCCAAGGUUUCGAAAUGGGCUACUUGUGGUUGUCCUGCUUGGAACUUGUAUGACAAUUGGCGAUGGUGUGCUCACUCCAACAAUAUCAGUACUUUCUGCAGUCUCAGGCAUCAGUGUCAAAGCAACAAAUCUCCAUGAGAAUUAUAUUGUUGCAAUUUCAUGUGCAAUCUUGGUAGUCCUCUUCUCUCUUCAGCACCAUGGAACACACCGGGUUGGUUUCAUAUUUGCACCAAUUGUCACAGCGUGGCUUCUUUGCAUAAGUGGUAUUGGUGUGUACAAUAUAAUCCGAUGGAACCCGAGUGUUUUCCAUGCACUCUCACCAGUUUACAUGUUUAGGUUCCUGAAAAGCACUGGUUUCGAGGGUUGGAUGUCAUUGGGAGGAGUUGUUCUCUGUAUUACAGGAUCAGAGACUAUGUUUGGCAAUUUGGGUCAUUUCUCUCCACUUUCAAUUAAGAUUGCUUUUACCUUUCUGGUAUAUCCUUGUCUUAUUCUUGCUUAUAUGGGUGAAGCUGCUUUCCUUUCUAAACACCAUGAAGAUAUUCAGAGGAGCUUCUAUAAAGCUAUACCAGAGGCUGUAUUUUGGCCAGUCUUCAUUGUGGCCACUCUUGCCGCAGUUGUUGGAAGCCAGGCUGUUAUAUCUGCAACCUUCUCUUUGAUAAGCCAAUGUUGCGCUCUGAGUUGCUUCCCUCAUGUAAAAGUUAUCCAUACCUCAAGCAAGAUUUAUGGGCAAAUAUACAUUCCUGAAGUCAAUUGGAUCCUCAUGUGUUUGUGCCUUGCGGUUACAAUCGGGCUAAGGGACACUAAUAUGAUUGGCCAUGCUUAUGGGCUGGCCGUAACUAUUGUGAUCUUUGUGACCACCUGUUUGAUGUCUUUAGUUAUACUAAUCGUCUGGAAGCAAAAGUUGAUCAUGGCUCUCAUGUUCCUAGUGCUGUUUGGAUCUGUUGAACUAUUGUACAUCUCAGCCUCCUUCAUCAAGAUUCCUGAAGGAGGGUGGAUCCCGCUCGUUCUUUCUAUGAUCAUCAUGAGUGUGAUGUACAUAUGGAACUAUGGAACAUUAAGAAAACAUGAGCAUGACUUGGAAAAUAAAGUAUCAGUACAUCGAAUAUUAGAACUCGGGCCUACACUUGGAAUGGUUCGUGUCCCUGGUAUUGGGCUCAUUUAUGCAGAUCUUGUCACUGGGGUUCCUGCCAUUUUUGGACACUUUGCAACAAAUCUGCCGGCAUUUCACCAGGUCUUGGUAUUUAUUUGUGUCAAGUCUGUCCCAGUUCCUUAUGUUUCUGAAGAAGAAAGGUUUCUCAUAGGCAGGAUUGGACCGAAAGAAUUUCGUAUUUUCAGAUGCAUAGUCAGGUAUGGUUACAAAGAUUUGCAGCAUGAGAACAAUGAUUUCGAAAAUGUGCUGGUAUCUAAAAUCAUGGCAUUUGUGGAGAUGGAAGAGCAAAUACUCGCGCAAAAUUGGCAUUCUUGUAGCAACCAAGAGUCCGAUGCUGAACUUGUUGAUUUUCCAUUCCUAGUUCGAACAAAUCAAGCUCAUGCAAAGCAUUUGUCAUCUUGCUCAGAUAUACAUGUAAUGAAACCAUAUGAAAAUCAUCAACAGAUCAAUGGUCCUCUGAUCAGAGACGAAACUCUUGAGAUUCUAAGAGCAAAGGAAUCAGGUGUGGUAUACAUUCUAGGCCACUCCUAUGCAAAGGCGAAGAAAUCAUCGUCACUGAUAAAAAAAUUAGCAAUCGAUGUAGUGUUCGCAUUUCUCAGCAAAAACUGCAGGGGACCUGAUGUGAUACUGAGCGUGCCGAAUUCUUUGUUGCUAGAAGUUGGCAUGGUCUACUAUGUCUAACCAAGGAAGAAAUUUUUCGGCCAUGCGUUAACAUUGCAAGACAAAGCUUGAGUUUUUCAGUGAAGAAAUCCUUCUGUAAAUAUUUGGUUUCCCGGCAAUUUACUGAUCAUGCUUGUAUUUUCCAUAGUUCUCAUGUAUAAUGUUCUCUGACUGAAAUGUCUUAAUCUAGAAAUGUCAGGGACUAAAAUAUAAUUAAAAAUUUCCUGGGGGGCAAUAAGUAAAUGUCAUUCUCUCA